UAUUAGUUAUGCGAGUGAUAUACGAGUGAUAUAAUUCGAUAUAAAUAUGAUGAAAUUCGUAUUGUUUUUGUUGCUUCCCAUAUACGACGUAUACGGGGAUUGCAAACAAAGUCCUACGACAGUAAGCGGUAGUCACGCACCGAAAAAUGUUUGCUCGGGGGAAUUAAUUUUCGAAGAAAAAUUCGACAAAAUAGAUAAUGGGAUAUGGCAACACGAGCAGACACUGGGAGGUGGUGGAAACGGAGAAUUUCAAUGGUAUUCCGAUGAUCCGAAGAAUAGUUAUGUACAAGAUGGAAAACUCCAUAUUAAACCCACUUUACUAACAGAUGAACAUAAUGAAGAUUUCUUAUACAGCGGUACUAUUGAAAUACCUCCUGAUAAAUGCACAAAUAAAGAUAAUAACGGCUGCAAAAGAACAGGCAACUCUCGAGUUAUUCUCAAUCCAAUAAAGAGCGCUCGUUUGAACACUGUAAAUUCUUUUGCCUUCAAAUUCGGCAAAAUGGAAGUUAGGGCUAAAGUUCCAGCCGGAGAUUGGUUAUGGCCAGCCAUAUGGUUAUUACCCAAGGAUUGGAAAUACGGCGGUUGGCCGAGAUCCGGGGAAAUCGACGUCAUGGAAAGCCGAGGGAAUCGCCAAUUAUACGCCGGUAACAAGAACAUAGGCGUAGACGAAGUGGCUUGCACUCUCCAUUGGGGCCCGGAUCCCGCUCACAAUCAAUGGGAGAAAACUCACUACGAGAAAAAUUUGAACGGAGGAUUCGACAAAGACUUCCACAAGUACCAAUUGGAGUGGACGCCUGAACACAUACAAUUAUCAAUCGAUGAUGCUGUAGUGGGAACUGUUACGCCGCCUGGAGGUGGCUUUUGGGAGUUGGGAAAUUUACAACAGACCGGGAUGCAGAAUCUGUGGACUAAUUCCAAAAUGGCACCGUUCGAUCAGAACUUCUACAUAAUUUUGAAUUUAGCGAUAGGCGGUACGAGCUACUAUUUUCCUGAUAACACUAACAACGUGCCUGGACCUCGGCCUUGGUCCAAUGCAGCGGAUAACGCCAUGACCACAUUCUGGCAAGGGAAGGGCGAGUGGUUGCCUACAUGGAAAAUGAACACCGACGAUUCUCAUUUGCAAGUUGAUUACGUUAAAGUUUGGGCUCUUUAAUGGAUUUUUUUAUUCAAUAAAAACAUAUCAUAUCUGUUAUUAACAGAAAAGACUUUAAUAUUUACCCAUUACUUAUUUACCUCACAACUAUGCAUUGAAUUAAGAUUGUUAUU